CCACUACUACCACUCUUUCUUUUCCAUAUAUUCUCUGCUUCCUUCCACAAGUAUCUGCUUUCAAAUAUUGGUCUAAGCUAUGGCUCCUGCUUUGGUUUCUACUAACCCUAACAAUAGCAAAGGCUAUCCUGGUAAGCUUACAUGGUACGUGGGAGUUACCUGCAUUAUAGCAGCCAUGGGUGGUUUGAUUUUUGGAUAUGAUAUCGGUAUAUCUGGUGGUGUGACGUCCAUGGCUCCCUUCUUGAGUAAAUUUUUCCCAUCUGUUUAUCGCAAGAAAGUUUCAAAUACAUCAACCAAUCAGUACUGCAAGUUUGAUAAUUUUACACUCACUUCGUUUACAUCUUCACUGUACAUUGCUGCAUUGGUUGCAUCCAUAUUUGCAUCAUGGAUCACUAAGAAGCUCGGUCGAAAAAUAUCCAUGCUUCUUGGUGGGUUGAUAUUUCUGGCUGGAGCAGCUAUUAAUGCUGGUGCUCAGGCUGUCUGGAUGCUUAUUCUCGGCCGUAUUCUCUUGGGUAUCGGCGUUGGCUUUUCCAUUCAGGCUGUGCCGCUUUAUGUCUCAGAGAUGGCUCCAUACAGACACCGUGGAUCUCUUAACAUUGUGUUUCAACUAGCAAUAACAAUUGGGAAUUUCGUAGCUAAUCUUGUGAAUUAUUUGACCCCUAAAAUCAAAGGUGGCCAAGGAUGGCGAGUGAGUCUUGGAGGAGCAUGUGUCCCUGCUGCUUUCAUCUUUAUCUCAGCAUGUUUCCUUCCAAACACCCCAAAUUCCAUGUUGGAGAAAGGCCAGAACGAAGAAGCUCGAGCCAUGCUUAGGCGCGUACGGGGCCUUUCUGACAAGGAAGUUGAGGAAGAAUUCCAAGAUUUGGUUGAGGCUAGUAAGGUAGCUAAGGAAGUGGAUCGUCCAUGGAGGACUAUCCUAAAACGACAAUACAGGCCACAUCUCACAAUGUCUAUACUCAUUCCAUUUUUCCAACAGCUCACUGGUAUAAAUGUGGUGAUGUUUUAUGCUCCUGUGCUCUUUCAAAGUAUUGGUUUUCAAGAUGAUGCUUCACUUCUCUCUGCAUUGGUUACUGGUACUAUUAACGUUGUAGCAACCUUGGUUUCCAUCUAUGGAAUUGAUAAGUGGGGAAGAAGGUUUCUAUUUCUUGAAGGUGGAUUUCAGAUGUUCAUCUUUCAGAUUUUACUAGCAGUUUUUAUCGGAUGGAAAUUUGGAACAUCAGGGGAAGUGGGUCAUCUACCAAAGUCGUAUGCAAUUACAGUAGUGGCGUUUAUAUGCUUGUUUGUGGCAGGCUUUGCCUGGUCAUGGGGGCCAUUGGGAUGGUUAGUGCCCAGUGAAAUAUUUCCAUUGGAAAUCAGAUCAGCAGCACAGAGUAUCACAGUUGCAGUGAACAUGUUAUUCACUUUCUUGAUUGCUCAAUUGUUCCUUUCCAUGCUUUGCCACAUGAAGUUUGGGCUGUUCAUCUUCUUUGCUGUCUUCGUGGCGCUCAUGACUCUCUUCAUUUAUCUUUUCUUGCCUGAGACUAAGAACAUACCCAUUGAAGACAUGUCCCAAGUUUGGAAGCAACAUUGGUUCUGGAAAAGAUUCUUGCAGGAAGAUCAGCCCCAGGCCCUGCAGUUGGUCUAGAAUUACUUUUAUUUUCUUUUCCUGUUCUGUUUAAUUUUUUCAUCAUAACUUUCGAUCAAUAACAUAACUUUUCAUCACACUUUCUUAGAAUCUAUAAUGGGAUGUUUAUGUUCUCUUGCAAAUUUCAAAAUUAAGAGAAGACAGUUCCUUUCAA